CAAAAGAUUUUUUUUUCGUUGGAAUAAUCUAUUUUGCUUUUACCCGGAUACUCCAUGUUACAAUAUUAGUCCUAUAUGCAUAAACUAAAACUGAUGUUUGAUGUUAUGUUUCCAAUAAUAUCGCUCUGCAGUCAACAAAUCUUCAUAAUUUAUAAUUCGCAAUGCAUUUACUUAUAUUAAACUAAUAAUAAACGAUAAGCAGUUCACAUGCCAGUAUUUAAGCACGGGGUUUAAGUGCUUGAAAACACUUUAUCAUAGCAAAACUGACAUCUCUAACGAUUAAUUCUUUAUAUCGAACCCAUAUGACAUUUUUGGUGCACAUUUUGGACAACUUUAAUUCUUUAUUUACUGUAAAUAAAAGGAUAUAUCCAGUCUUACAAACUCUUCCGAUUGCUACUUGAAGAUAUAUUGAAAUGACACCUUUAACACAGGAUGGUAUAGAGGAAGCAUUCGUUAGUGAGGCGGCACUGCAGCAGGCUGCAGCCAAUGUUAGUACAAAUAUAGCCAAGGGCAUAUAUGAUGUAUCAUAUGUUGUGGAGCAAAUGGGUUUCGCUCUAACAUCAACUACCUUAGAACAACGGAUUAAAGGAACACAGCUUUUAUCCAAUGUGCUUCAACAGUUGCCAAAAGAUCACCUUAAUUCGAAACAAAUCGAGUUCCUUACAUCUUUCUACACGGAUCGGCUAAAAGAUCAUCACAGUGUGUUACCUGCUGUGAUUGAGGGCAUACAUGCCUUAUUGGAAAUGACGGAAUUGGCCGCAGAAAGUGUACCGAAAAUUUUUAACACAUUUUUUAAGCAUAGCAGUUGUCAGUCACAUCAACGAGGCGAACGUGGAAAGUGGUUCAAGAUAUUGCAGUUGGCUUCCCAGCGAUAUGAUAAAGAACUCAAGCAAAUGGGUGGCGAUUUCAUGUAUGGUUUGAUAAAUUCCAUCGAUGGAGAACGUGAUCCACGUAAUUUAGAUUUUAUAUUUACUUUUAUGCCAGAUUUGAUCAAGCAUUUUUCGCUGUUGCAUUUGGCCGAAGAAAUGUUUGAAAUAUUUGCUUGCUAUUUCCCCAUUGAUUUUACUCCGAGCCGGGAGGACCCUAGUAAUAUUUCUCGCGACGAGUUGGCUGCUAAAUUAUCGGAUUGUUUGGUGGCAUCGCCGGAAUUCAUUGAAUGGUUAGUACCUUUGGCUUUGGACAAACUGGAAAGCGAUUUGAUAGAGGCCAAAUUGGAUUCGUUGGAACUUUUGCGCAAGGCGGCAGUAAAUUUUACAAAUAAAUCAAUAUCGGAUCAUUUCGAUGUGAUCUGGACAUCGUUGAAAUCGGAAAUUUUCCCAGGAGCCGGUAAUUCGGAUAUUGUUUCCGCAGGACUUGUUCUAUUGCGAACCAUUUUGGAGCAGGCCUAUGAAACGCCAGAUAUCAGUCACAGUUACCAAACCAAGGUGCUAGGUACAAUUUUAACUCAUCUAAGUGACGUCAAUCAACGUCUGUACAAUCCAUCCACGGCCAUCGCAUUGGUAUGUGUCGCCGGCGAUCCACUUUUCGCUGGCGAUCGUAUACUUAAUACCUUUUUAUUGAAACUAAACAUACAAUCCACAAUUGGUGAUGGCGAAGGCGACAAGGUAGCUGCGUACAAUGAAGAGCAACGUCUUAAAGUGUACGCAAUUGUAGCACAGCUAUUUAAAAUAGUUUCAAUACGCGAUUGUUUAGAGAAGCUCAAUCGAACUACAUGCGAUCAAAUUCAUGCGGAUAUUAUUACAAUACUACGAAUUAAUAUAGACGCUGAUGUUCAACAACAAAAUAUUGAUUUAAAAAACUCCGCACUAAGCGUAUUGACCGAGAGUGUGCCAUUAAUUAGCGAAAAAAAUCGUGCCCUCCUCUACAAAGUACUUAUACAGCUAAUCACACACGACUCACUCGAGAUGGAGUGCAUAGAGCUGUUGGAAUUGCUGGGCGCUUUGUAUCCAAUUGAAAUGCAAUCCAACUGCAUUGAUGUUUUAAUACGAAAUUUUGCCAUUUAUUCGAAUUUCGUAAAGCGUAAAGUAUUCCAGCAUUUGUUGCGCCUGGUCAUACAUGCGGCAUUCACAUCGCGAGUACUAGAUUUAGUAUGGCAUUAUGCAUUCGGUCAAAAUAUACCACAAGAUGUACAAUUGUUAGCGCUUGAAGCGGUUAAUAUGCUAUUGAAUAGCGACGAUACACGUCUAAUCGUCGAGCUGCAGAACAAUAAUUGUCUUAUUGCAAAGCUGGUGGAGUUGGCACUGGGAGCGGUAGCUCUCAGUAUACCUGCUUUAGAACAAAUCGCCACAGCAAUUUGUCGUAUUGAACAACAUUUGUCUAUUUCCGAACAAUAUGUAAUUGCCACGGAAUACUUACCGCAGUUGAAAUUACAGUCUGCCGCACAUUUGUAUGUCGCCAAAGGCCUGCUGGGUCGCUUGCAUCAGGACAUUAGUCUGGAUGAGUUUUUCGAAUGGCUGCUCACCGAGUUGACGCAACAAUCGUUGAGCGCUAAUCAAGCGGGUGAAGAUAAGGAGAAAUUGCGUACCGUUGCAUGUCAGUUGCUUUGCAGUAUGGUUAAUCGCAUGGAUGACAAUGAACAAAACCAUAGUAAUUUGAAUAAGAUACUGUUGUUACUGAAGGACAAAAUAAAAGAAGACAACACACUGGCGGUGGAUACUUUGGCGUGGAUGACCAAAGGCCUUAUUGUUGCUGGUAGUGACUUGGCUGCUGAAAUUAUUGAAACCCUUACAGAAUUGUUGGAACAUCCUAUCCUAUGUACAGUUGCAACACGUGCAUUUGAAGUCAUCGCAAUGGAGUGUGAACAGCUGUUUUUGCCAAAGGUGAAAAUCCUAUACAGGCAGAAGCUGUUCAAUACGGUUUUAGCGAAGCUGGGUAAUAAGCUGAAUGCACAUUCCGAAAAUUACCUGAUUGCUUUUAUUUUUGUGCUGAAAAGUGCACCGCACACUGUGCAGCAAAUGAAUAUUGAACAGAUUGGUCCACUGCUUUUCAAAUCGCUGGAUUGUGAUUACACGACAAUGCUUUACAUCUCACUGGACAUUUGUGGACGUUUUGUUGCAAUGCGUGAUGAGUACUUUCUUAGGCAUUUGGUUCAUUUAAUACCGAGAUGUGUACAGUUGUCCAAAUACCAAAAGUCUAUGAAAGUUCGAAUAUACGCUUUAAGUCUGCUACACGACAUUACCAAAUAUCCGACGCAUGUACUGUUAACACAUAAAGUGGAUGUUGUGCUGGAACUGGCAGCCGCACUGGACGAUCAUAAGCGCUUGGUUCGCAAUGCAGCUGUACGUACGCGGAACGCUUGGUUCUUGGUGGGCACAGACGAUGCCAAUUAAUGCAUGGACAAGUGGAUGCUGCCACAUUCAAUAGGAAUAAGCGUCCUUGAUUGUGUUGUUUUUGUUUUAGGUUCGAUAUACAUCAAUGUUCACGAAGACAAGUACAAUAA